AUGGGUAAGAGCAAGAGCAUAGGAAAGACAAGGCUUGACAAGUAUUACAAUCUUGCAAAGGAAAAGGGAUAUAGGGCAAGAUCUGCAUUCAAGCUUCUUCAGAUGAACAGAAAGUACGGGUUCCUUGGGAAUGCACAUGUUCUUAUCGAUCUAUGUGCAGCCCCGGGAUCAUGGUCCCAAGUGGCAGCCCAGGAAAUGCCUCUUCGGCGAAAGAUAGUCGCUGUUGACCUGGAGCCGAUAAAGUUUAUUGGAGACGUUGAUACGAUUGUUGAAGACAUAACAUCCAACGAGUGCAGGCUUAAGCUGCGGGAAAUACUUGGGGCGCACAAGGCUGAUGUUGUGCUCCAUGAUGGAGCGCCGAACGUGGGAACCUCGUGGGAGAACGAUGCAUUCAACCAGAACCUGCUUGUAUUGCACUCGACCAAGCUUGCAUCGGAGUUUCUGAAAAAGGGCGGUGUGUUUGUUACAAAGGUGUUCCGAUCGCAGGACUACUUUUCGCUGCACAGCAUUUUGGCACAGCUCUUUGAAACUGUCGAGACUUCGAAGCCGCUUAGUUCCCGGAGCCAGAGUGCAGAAAUAUUUCUUGUCUGCCUAGGGUUUGUUGGAGAAGAGAAUGUUGAUUACUCGGUACUUGAGCCUUCUGCGGUGUUUACGGAGAUGAAGGAUGCAGGAGGGUACGAUGAUUUCAACUUCCACAAGAAGUUGAAUUUCAGCGAGUUCCUGAAGGAAGAUGACCCUGCUGUGUUGUCUGAGAUGCUUUCGAAGUACUCUGAGAUUGUAGUUGACAUAGAUGAAAAGGAUGUGUCCAAGGUUCUUGAGCCCGAGUUUCUGGACAUGUUCAAGGACCUCCAGUUGCUUGGGAAAGGAGAUAUUAGGAAAGUGCUAAGAAAAAGAAAGAAGAUAAUUCAAAGUGUAAGAGAGAGAACUAUCGAGGUUCCUGAUCUGGACUUCCUCAGAGGCAGUGAGAAUGUGGAGGAGGAGGAAUUGAAGGAAAAGAGUGUUGAGGAGAAGAUAGAGGAAAUACAAAUGUUGAUUGAAAAGAAAAGAAAGAAGGAAGGAAGAAGGGAAAGCAUAUCAAAGAGCGAGCUGGGCGCCGAGUUUUUCUUCAAGGACAGCGUUUUCGAUAAGCUGAACAUGGUGGGGGAAGAUGAGGAAGAUGGUGAGGAAAGAGAUGAGCAGGAGAUUGAGAUCAGCAGCUGCUCGGAUAGUCUAGAUCUCGAUGAAGAAGAGAUAAUGUGUGUUUCAAGGCUUAAGGAGAAUCCCGAGGGGUUUAUAGAGGACACGAUUGAUAGAUAUAUCAGGGAUCCCAACGAAAAGCUCCCCAACUAUCUUCGAGAAGACCAGGAAUCCUUCUACUCGAGACCUUCCAAGAUUGAAGAAAGGAGGCUUACAAAGAAGGAGAAGGAGGCGCUCAAUAGACGUAAGACAAGGGCAGAGAGGAGAGCAGAGAUGUUUAUGAAGAAUGUUGUGGUGGACGACUCAGAGGAAGAAGGGAAGAUAGCAAAGAAGAUUUACAAAUCGUCCUUCAAGAAAACAAAGUCCAAGCCAAGAAUUGUGUUCCCAAAGAAGGGAAGGUGUGGGAUUCCACGAGGGAAAGGAAGAGUUGUGACACUGGAUAAGAGAAUGAAAAAGGAUAAAAGAAAAGGGAAACACUGA